CCUGGGUCACUGGGCCACCUUUACCUCUUCCAAAGCGCGACAACUUGAACCUUCUUGCAAAGACACAAGAUCUGUCGCCUCUGGUGAUCGGGCCCAGCAAAGACGGCAUUCUUCCUUGUUAUGAUGAGCAAUACGGAUCACUGAGAACAAGCAGCUGAGCGGUUCAGAAACACGCCAACAUGGCGUCCCCUUCAAUGCUCACAAAGUUCGAAAGCAAAAGCAGCCGAGCCAAGGGUUUAGCCUUCCAUCCUAAACGACCAUGGAUUCUGGUCAGCUUGCAUAGCAGCACCAUCCAGCUAUGGGACUACCGGAUGGGCACACUCAUUGACAGAUUCGAAGAGCAUGACGGGCCAGUACGAGGUAUUGACUUCCAUAAGACGCAGCCGUUGUUUGUUUCGGGAGGGGACGACUACAAGAUCAAGGUCUGGUCGUAUCAAACUAGGCGUUGUCUCUUCACCCUCAAUGGGCAUCUGGACUACGUUCGGACGGUCUUCUUCCACCAUGAGUUGCCAUGGAUUCUGUCAGCGUCGGACGACCAAACGAUCCGGAUCUGGAACUGGCAGAAUCGGUCUCUAAUCUGCACCAUGACGGGCCACAACCAUUACGCCAUGUGCGCACAAUUCCAUCCCAAAGAAGACCUCAUUGUUUCCGCUUCGCUAGACCAAUCCGUUCGAGUCUGGGACAUCUCUGGGCUGCGCAAAAAACAUUCUGCACCCACUUCGAUGAGCUUCGAAGAUCAAAUGGCGCGUGCGAACCAACAACAGGCUGAUAUGUUUGGCAAUACCGAUGCGGUUGUCAAGUUUGUGCUAGAAGGGCACGACCGUGGUGUGAACUGGGUUGCGUUCCAUCCGACAUUACCGCUGAUAGUAUCUGCGGGUGAUGAUCGCCUGGUCAAGCUAUGGAGAAUGAGCGAGACAAAAGCAUGGGAGGUGGACACAUGCCGUGGACAUUUCCAGAACGUGUCAGCAUGUCUUUUCCAUCCCCAUCAAGACCUCAUCUUGUCCGUCGGCGAAGACAAGACAAUUCGUGUUUGGGAUUUGAACAAACGAACCUCCGUCCAAUCCUUCAAGCGAGAGAAUGACCGCUUCUGGGUUAUUGCGGCGCAUCCAGAGAUCAAUUUGUUUGCUGCUGGGCACGACAAUGGUGUUAUGGUGUUCAAGCUGGAACGAGAACGACCAGCAUGCUCCGUGUAUCAAAAUCAACUCUUCUAUGUGACCAAGGACAAGCAUGUCAGAUCAUACGACUUCACCAAGAACGUUGAAUCGCCCUCGCUUUUGUCACUUAGGAAGUUUGGAAGCAAUUGGGUGCCACCUCGGACACUUUCUUAUAACCCCGCGGAGAGGUCUAUCUUGGUUACGUCGCCAGCAGAUAAUGGGACAUAUGAGCUGAUCUCUCUUCCUCGAGAUGCAACGGGUGCCUCGGACCCAACCGAUGUCAAACGAGGCUCAGGCAAUGCUGCAGUUUUUGUCGCUCGGAACCGGUUUGCAGUGUUUACCGCUUCCACCCAACUGGUGGAGAUCAAAGACUUAAGCAACUCCACUACGAAGUCCUUCAAGGCGCCUCCUGGCACCACCGAUAUCACCUACGGCGGCCCCGGCUGCCUGCUUCUCAUCAACCCUACAAAUGUUGUCCUUUAUGACAUCCAACAGAAGAAGCAGCUGGCGGAGCUAGGUGUGACCGGUGUCAAAUAUGUGUCAUGGUCCAACGAUGGACUCUAUGCCGCAUUGCUCAGUAAACACAAUGUCACCAUUGUCAACAAGUCCUUGGAGCAGGUGAGCACUUUGCAUGAGACAAUCCGAAUCAAGAGCGCUACUUGGGACGACUCUGGGGUUCUUCUCUACUCCACCCUCAAUCACAUCAAGUACACUCUGCUCAAUGGCGACAACGGCAUUGUCCGGACACUCGAUCAGACUGUCUACCUCGUCAAGGUCAAGGGCCGCAAUGUCUACUGUCUCGAUAGAGCUGCGAAACCAAGAGUUCUCAGCAUUGAUCCAACAGAGUACCGCUUUAAGCUGGCGCUCGUCAAACGCAACUACGAGGAAAUGCUCCAGAUCAUCAAGACUUCAAGUCUUGUCGGACAAAGUAUCAUAUCUUAUCUGCAAAAGAAGGGGUAUCCGGAGAUUGCCCUGCAAUUCGUGCAGGACCCGCAGACCCGGUUCGAACUAGCCAUUGAAUGCGGCAACCUUGAGGUGGCCACAGAGAUGGCCAAAGAACUUGAUCGCCCGAAAAUUUGGGGGCGCUUGGGUGCUGAGGCUUUGAUUCACGGCAACCACCAGACGGUCGAGAUGGCAUAUCAGAAGCUUCGGAAUUUCGACAAACUUUCCUUCCUGUAUCUUUGCACCGGCGACGAGGAAAAGCUCUCCAGGAUGUCUAAGAUUGCUGAGCAUCGCGGAGACUUCGUUUCAAGAUUCCAGAAUGCUCUUUAUCUUGGCGACGUUGAGAGCAGGAUCCAGAUGUUCAAGGAGAUUGAACUCUAUCCACUUGCGUACCUUACCGCGAAAUCGCAUGGCCUGACUGAAGAAUGCGCUUCGAUACUCGAGCUCUGCGGAUUGACCGAGGACCAAAUAUCAAUGCCCGAGCCUGGUGAUGGCCUUGCCAAACCCAAGGUCAUCGUCCCGACUUUCAAAGCGAACUGGCCGGUCAAGGAGGCAUCCCAUUCCUCAUUCGAAAAGGCUCUCCUGGGCGAAGUGGGCGUGGCAGUGGACGAGGACGCCAGUCCGGACCUGCUCAAUGAAGACAUUACUGCUGCCGCAGACGGUAACGAGCUAGCCGCAGAGGAUGAUGUCGAUGCAGUCGAGGGCUGGGACAUGGGAGACGAUCUUGGCCUUGACACCGCCGGAAACGACUCUGACUUUGUCAACGUUGAUAAUCCCGAUGUCCCAGUUGAAGCCGCUGGUCCUGGCACUUCUGAGGCGGACAUGUGGGCACGAAACUCUCCGCUGGCUGCCGACCAUGUUGCUGCUGGGUCCUUUGAAAGCGCCAUGCAAUUAUUGAACCGCCAAGUUGGUGCUGUCAAUUUCGAGCCUCUCAAGCCUAGAUUCCUGGAGGUCUACCAAGCUUCCAAGACAUACCUCCCUGCCAAUGCCGGUUUACCCCCGAUUGUGAACUAUGUCCGCCGGACCCUCGACGAAACGGACAGCAGAAAACUGCUGCCGUACAUUCCUCGAAGCCUCGAUGCCCUCUCUACCGUCGACCUACAGGAAGGGUACACUGCAAUGAGGACGAACAAGCUGGAGAGUGGGGUUGUCACGUUCCGGAAUAUCCUACAGUCUCUGCUGGUCAAUGUCGUCAACUCGGAGGCUCAAGUGGACGAAGCCAAGGCUCUCAUCGCAAAGGCUACGGAGUACACACUUGCCAUGAGCAUUGAACUGGAGCGACGUCAAAUUGCUGCUGCUGGAGGCGAUUCAGAAGACCAGCUGAAGCGACAGCUAGAACUGUCUGCCUACUUCACCAUGCCCAAGCUGGACGUUUCUCAUCGGCAGCUGGCUCUCAUGGCAGCUAUGAAAUUGGCUUUUUCGCAAAAGCAGUAUUCGAGCGCACUGUCUUUUGCCAACCGAGUUUUGGCAAAUGGUGGUGCUCCUAAACUGGUCGAACAGGCAAGAAAGGUCAAGCAACAAGCGGAGCGGUCCGGUGCCAGCGACAAAAUCGACAUCGAAUACGAUCAAUUUGCAGAUUUCGAUGUGUGUGCAGCAUCUCACACGCCGAUAUACAGCGGAACGCCGAGUGUGUCCUGCCCAUUCACUGGAGCUAAGUACCAUGUUCAAUACAAAGGCGAUGUCUGUCGGAUUUGCAACGUGUGCGAGAUUGGUGCACCGGCCAGCGGACUGAGGCUAUGGGUGAAAGGACUCUGAUAGCCAGGACGAGUCUAUGAUGAUGAGGGCGUAGCAUAGAGCUGUUUGGUACAAAAGGCUCGGUAGACAGUUUCCAAAAGAACAUUGAGUUUACCUUGCUUUUAACUGUGGCGGACUCCUUCGAUGUGUAUUAAAUAUCACAUCUGUUCUCCCACAGCCAACGUUCUUGGCCUGACUCCCCUAUACUGCUGGUCACUUCCGGC